CCCCCUCCCCGCCAGCACUUCACACACACAUCCGCACAACAUGAUCCGUCUCCCGGCGGUCUCGCUCCCUUGCCCUGAGCCUCUCAGCGGCAUACUUUCAUUUAAAAUAAGACCACCCCACCAAGCUCCAGAUCAGAGCGGCCCUAGGGCGGGCUGCCUGGACCUUCAUUCGCAUACAUCAUCGCGAGCUGGCACAUGAAUAGCUAGCUGGUCGAUUCGCUCGUAGCCUGGCCCCACAGCCCACGUCUUGGCCUCGACUAGGACAAUGGAAUCGCCUCUACCGCCACCCAACAACAACCCCUCGCCGCCUCCGGCCAAGAUUGGGCGCCCGCCUCAAUGGACCGAGUCCCGAUCCCGGAAGCUGGCGCGACUGUACAUGUUUACUACUUUGCCAAUCAAAAAGAUCAUCAAGGUUCUGGAAGAUGUCGGCUUCAAGCCAGGCCCCAACUCGGCCCAGAAGACGUUGCAUAACAUGCUCGGCCACGACCCCCGGUACCUACGCCCCGAAAACCGCGAGGAGAUGAACGAGCGCAUUGGCGGUCUUUCAGCGUCCAACAGCCGGCGCGGGAGCAACCCUCGCUCUCCGCUGUCACAGACAGAGGUACAGGGCACAGCUACGGAUACACCGAGAUCCCGUGCCAGCAGUGGUGUGGGCCACAGUGCGGUAUCGGACCCGGAGAUGCUGGAUGAGGCCAUCGGCUUCGGCAGCGGGAAACGCUACUUGCCAGAUUCCAAGGGCACCUUUACGUUCGAGGCGUCGUCACCGUACAGCCACACCCAAACACCGUCGCAGCUUUCCCCGCUGCACAUCGAUACGGCCUGGUCCGCCGAGGGCAGCGUGGCCUACGGGUCGCCGCCCGCAGGGCUUGUCGAGUCGCAGUCCAGCUAUCAGUCCUCUGGAUUCGCCCCUAAGCCCCUGAAGCACACCACCACCAUGUUCUCCGCCUCGACGACAGCAAGCACCCCCAGCCUCCGCAGUCUCAAGAACCGCAUGUCAAUAAACUCGACUACGUUUGCCAAGCACGUCUCAUCUCUGAUACGCCAGUUCACGAUCGGCAGCGACUCGAACCUCGUCAACUCCCUGAACACUGGGGCUGACUACCAGAGGAGUGGCGCCAGCGGCUACGACAGGCUCGACACGAAGCCGCUUCCUGGGGACUUCUUCACCGUCUAUAGCACAUGUGAACACGAACCGGCAAAGUGGCAGGAAGUUGUUGAUGGUCUCUCAGAUAUGCCGGAUUUCUGGGUCACGCCGUCAGGCCAUCUGUCCGAAACAGCCAAAGCGUACCUCCACCACCCGAUGCCGGACAACUUUAGUGUCAGGGACUGCUUCGGGAACACCCCGCUUCACCUGUUCGCCCAAUUCGUGGACUGCGCCUAUAUGCUCACGUUGGUUCGGCUAUGUACAGCCGAACAGCUGUGCUCAUCCAACACGGCAGGCCAGACGUUCCUGCACGUCUUGUCGAACGAGUGGUUCCAAAACCUGGAUGACCAGUCGGCCCCGCUGCUUCAGCUGCUCUUCUACGUCCGCGGUGCUUGUCCGGCUAUUGUCGCCCAGUGUGACGUCUACGGCCGCACCUUUUUCCAUCACAUGCAAGCCAUGGUUUCUGACCCCACCCUUAUGUCUAUCGUUAUGCGCACCUGCGACGCCAGUUUCCUGCCGCGCCGCGAUGCCUUCGACACAAAACCCGCCAUCGCCGAAGGCACCUCAUUCGGCUUGACAGGGGGGCCCCGCCACACGCAGGCACUGUCUCCACUGCCCGAAGAAGUCGUGGGCUCCCCGGUCAGCGCCGCUUCGCCUAUCCAGGAGAUGGACAUGUUCACGCAGCAUCACGCGGGCCUUCUGCGGACCGUUACGGCGGCUGACACCAACCCGACCGUCGAAGACGCCUGUGGCCGUAACGCUCUGCACUGUCUGGCCGAGGUCAUUCUUGGAGACAAGGACACGCUGCAGGAACGUCACAGCACGCUCAACUCUUACCGGCCGCCCAAGCGCAAGUUCGACCAGAGGGGAGCCGGCAAAACGGACGCAGAUGGCGUCGAUGGUAGCCCCAAUACGGCAGCCGCGGAUGGCCCCAUGGCGCGCCGGCUCGGAUUCCUCCGAGGCCUGCUGGCGCUCCAGGGCAUGGACGCCAACCACUACGACCGCAGCGGCAACACGGCGCUCAUGGCAUUCAUCCAGCACCUGACAGACCAGGACGAGGACAGAAACCGAAGCCUGCUAGCCAUGUUGCAACUACUCAUCACGGACGGCGGGGCGCGGGUGGAGGCGCGCAACGCCCGCGGCGAGACGGCGCUCCUGAUGGCGGCGCGUCUGGGCCGCAAGACGGCGCUGCAGCUGUUGCUGCAGCGGGGCGGGGCCAACGUGCACGCGCGCGACGCCGACGGCAAGGGCGCGCUCGACCUCAUCGAUGAGGCGUGCCCGCGCUCAAAGGGCGACACGCAGCUCUACGGCCGCUUGCAGGCGUGCAGGGUCCUGCUCACGGGCAGGUAUAAGGAUGAGUGGGCCACGGGGGGCGACCAGGUCCUCCAGAGCCCGACCGCCAUGGACGAAUGGCGGGUUAGGGCGCCGAGGUCUGGAUGUGCGGUGUUUCAAUGAGCCGUUUGGACUACUCGGCGAGGUUUUGCUCACUUUACUCCGCAAAGCUGCCCGUGACUUUCUCGUCUUGGUGGAAAUCCCUCCACGAGAGGUCAUUUUCAUGCCAUUUUCCUUUCACCUUCACUUAUCCAUCUUAUAUCAUAUGGCAGGGCAAGGGCUUUGUAAUGUAUUACCGACUGGGCGACGGCGUUUAUCUUUACUACGAUUUACGACGAAGGCUUGGACCGUCAGGGCAAAAUAGGGAGCUGCAUCAGUCAGCAGGUCGGUGUGGAAAUAGGUGGCACGAAUGAGCGUGAAAAGGGGACAAUAGCGACCAGGAUGCGUCCC